AUGAAACGAACAGAAGGAUUCAUUGAUUUUCCCUGCACAGCUGCUGGCAAAGAUUGUCAGAUUUGGUAUAUGUGUGUCGGCGACAUCCGAUCUGGUCGACCACUAGUCGUCCUCCAUGGUGGUCCCGGACUGAGCCAUGACUAUCUCCUAAGCCUGACCGACCUGGGUUCACCUAAACGGUCUCUGGUCUUCUUUGAUCAAAUUGGAUGUGGCAAAUCCACCCAUCUGCCUGAAAAACUAUGCGACUAUGACUUCUGGACGGAGCAGGUUUUCCUCGAUCAGGUGACGGCCGUGGUCAAUCACUUGGGCAUCCAAGAUGACUACGACUUACUUGGUCAGUCGUGGGGUGGGAUGCUGGCCGCGACGUUCGCUGCUACGCAACCUGCUGGGCUUCGACGACUAGUCCUGUCCAGUACUCCGUUCAGCUCCAAGAUGUGGACAGAUGCGUACAAGCGCUAUCGGGAUAUGAUGCCUGAAGAGCAACGCAAGCUGUUACUGUGCACCAGGGCCUUCGACACCACCACUACUGCCGAGUAUCAGGAAGCGCUUGACGGAUUCUACAAGAAACAUUUCAUGAAUCUGGACCCACUACCGGCGGAAAUCCAGAGCAGUUAUGACGACUUGGGCAAGGAUGAUACGGUGUGGAAAAGCACCCUUGGCCCGGAUGAAUUUGAAUGGGUUGGUACCAUGGCGAAUUGGACGAUGGAAGGCCGAGCGCAUUUGAUCAAGGCGCGAACGCUACUGAUGAACGGGGUUGAAGAGGGUGCCGAUGAUCUCUCUCAACUCGAAUUCAGAAAGUUCAUCGGGGCAGACUGGAUCAAGUUCGACAAAUCAACCCACAUGUCGCACUGGGAAGAGAGAGAUAAGUUCAUGAAGACCGUCACCGAGUUUCUCGAUGCAUAA